UCUUUGGUUUAAAAGUAAGAACUAAAUUAUACUCUCUCCUAACUGAAUUACCGAAAACAGGAAACCAAGCUAACCUGAAAGUGGGGCUAAACCACUCCACUUCCAAGCUUUAAAGAUGACAAGUUAAUUUAUUAUUUGGUUGUUCUCGAUAGUGGAGUUUGAUUAUUGGUUUAUUCUGAACCUCAAACCAACCUUGCACGUUACUUUCGAGUCGAAUUGAGAGAAGAUCAAUUCCUGGGAAAGAAUUCUCGGGAUAGUACCAGUUUCGAUCGAUUAUGACAGAUUUUUCAAAACUUGAAAGCUGAGUGACGGACGAGGAUGUCGUAAUUUGCAUUAAAGAGGAAGUGUUAGUUUGCGUGUUUAAAUCGGUCAUUGAUGAUCAAGUUUAUCAAUACUGUAUGGUGUUGGCUUAAUAAUCAUAUCAAGUAACCUAACAUCCUUUUCUAGCUACCAUUCAGGUUUAGCUAUAGAGCUGUUUGCCUUGUUUACAUCGCGACAGUACUCUGACCGAAAGUCUACAAACGAUUGUAAAUUAGCCAUUUUCAAAACGAGCGGCGGUCUGGGUACGAUUUGCCACCCUAGAGGCUCUUGGGAUCGUUUGGAGGGACAGCAAGAACAUGGUGGACAAGAGCAAUGCAACCGUGCGAGACGCUCUCAAGGUUAUUCUGACAGAAGAAGAUAUACCUGGUGCAAAAAUUCCUCGCGAAACUGUAGAACAAUGUAGCGUCGUUCAAUUGAAAAGGUGGUUGCUGUGCAGGGGAGCAAAGACUACGGGAAAUAAGAAAGCAUUGAUAACAAGAGUUCAAGAUUACAUUAAGCAUGGACUAGACGUUAAAUAUCUCCGUGAUCCAGACGGUGGACUACACCUUCUCCGCAAGAAGGCUCAACUUGGAGUGCUGGAGGAGGAAGAGCCGCAGCUCAACCAAUUCUUUCCAAAAGAAGGAUACAAACCUGAUUUUAAAGAUUUGCCUAAGAUAGCUUUUGGAACCGUUUGGCAGUUUAUGAUUGAAGGAGUUGAAAGUAAAAAACAACUUUCCACUGCAAAGCCCCUAGUCAAGGGAUUUAACUUCUUCAAGUCAGGGCAUGUUUUAUACAUUGGACAUCUGCACCAAAAUGGAAAACAUUAUGUAAAAAGCCAAGUUCUGCCAUCGAUGAAAAAAGAUAAAGUAUACUCUUGUUUUCUGUUAAUGUCAUCCAUAGGUUGUGUGUUAAAAGCACACUGUAAGUGUCCUGCUGGUAUUGAUGGCCGUUGUAACCAUGUGGCAUCUACAUUGUUUGCCCUUGAACAAAGCUUUAAGGAGACGAAAAGGAAAAAUUCGGAUGCAGCUGAGUCCUGCACAUCUAAGCCUUGUAAAUGGAAUGUGCCAGGGAAACGCAAGGGUCCAGUGACACCUAUCUCUGAGAUGAGCUUUGUCAAACAUGAUUAUGCUAAAGAAAAGAAAGCAAAAAGGCCAAAGCUAGCCUCAUGUCCAGCACAGAAUGGUACCUGUGUAUCAGAAAAAAAAGUCUGGCCAAGUGAAAGAUUACAAAACUUCCAUAAAUCUUUAAAAGAAUAUCAAAUGAAAUCUGGGAGAGCUGUUGGAUGGACACAUAUUCUUCCUCAAAAGGUAAAUAAUCUGGAAGAGCCACUCAUCUCACCCAUCAAAUGUCAUCCAAUAUCAGCUGAUGAACUAAGAGUGAGAUUUGAGAAAGUGAAGAGGAACAUUAAUUUUGAUGAAGAAAAAAUAAAGAAAGUAGAAGAGCAAACACGAGGGCAGUCAAACUCAAAUUUGUGGCAUCAUCACAGGCAGCCCAGGAUUACUGCUACAAAUUGUUACAGAAUAGCUGUGCAAAGGGAAACAACAUCACCAACAAAAAUCAUCCAAGAUGUCCUUGGUUACAAAAAACCAUUUCAGAGUAAAUACAUGCAAGAAGGACUUGAAAUGGAGGACAGGAUCAUAGCUGCUUACAAAUUAUUAAAGCAGGGGGAAGGGGUUACUGAUAUAUCCGUAGAAAAAUGUGGCUUUUUCAUUUCCAAGCAUCAUGGGUUACUCGGAGCAAGUCCAGACGGAUUAGUGUGUGACCCUUCUGCAGAAGACAGUAAGGGUCUUCUUGAAGUGAAAUAUAUUCAGAUGGAAAAGCAAGAAAGUCUGGAGGAGGCUCUGCUCCGAAAAGGAAUUUGCAAGAAGUUUGAGGAAUCUGUGAUUUUGAACUCAAGACACAAAUAUUAUUUUCAAGUACAACAGGCAAUGUUUGUGGCAGAGCAAAAAUGGACUGACUUUGUGGUUAUGGGAACAGCCUCUUCCACACCUUUUUGUGAGAGAGUUUAUUUCUCACAAGAACACUGGGAUAGAAUAUUCCCAAAACUUGAAUCAUUUUUUAACUGCUGGAUUGUACCAGAACUUUCAUAUCCUUGUGUGAAAUAUGGGCUCCCCAAAAUUGAUGCGCGCAUGUUUUGAGAGCUUUUUGUUUUAAGAGUUUUAUUCUUUUUCAUCUACUAGAAAACUUAUAACUGAAGUUGUAUUUCUUAACAUGUCCAAUGUUGAAUAAUAUCAUUAUACUAUACGCUGCAUGUUUUGGCAAACCUAGAUUUAAAUGUGUAGUCAAAGCAUUUGCAAUGCUAAACCUAAAAUGCAAAUGACCCAACCUACUAUCAUUGUGUGAUGUAGCUGCUCCCCAAAGUAAGCUGAAUUUGAAUCACUCAUUUGACUCCAAUUUCAAUACCAAUAUUAUUGUUUGGUCCAAACAAAAUUUAUUUCAUUACACCAUUUAAUGAAAGUUAUUGCAAUAUGAAUGUUUUCGUGUUUCAUCAUCAACAUGUGUCAUGACAGUUAACAAUAUUACAUGAUAAUUUUUAAUUUAUAAGAGGGGGUUGAAAAUUUGACAAAGCACAGACCACUACAAGCAUGUCUGAUGCAAUAGGUGCAAUAGUAAUUGGUAUCUUAUGGUCGAAGAUGUGCCAGUUCUUUAUACGUUCCAUGAGCCGCUCCACAUGAACUCUUAGGCUAGCAACCACCUUGUUGUGAUUUGUUUCAUUUGUGGAAAACUGUAUCUUCUGUUCUAAAAAUUUUGGUAUAACAAGGCUUGCACCAACAGAAGCUAAUUCAUCCUGACAAUUGAACCCUUUGUCAGCCAGUACCUGGUCACCAGGAUUUAGUCUGUCUAGAAAACCACUAAGAACAGUUAUUUCCUUAUCUGAGGUUGAACCAGGAAAUAAGUCACUCACAAAACAUAAAACACCGCUUGGCGUUAUGCCCAACAGUGAUUUCAUGGUGGUUCUUGACUUGUAUGAUGAAAAACAGGUAGACUGUGAAUCAAGAGCAGAUGGCCUCUCCAUUUCAAAUUCCGUGCAAUCGACAAUGACUGUUACGUUAGGCAACAGUUUCUUAAAACUGUCAGGCCUAUAACAUUGAAGUACUUCUCUUGGGGGGAUGAUGAUAAGAGGUUCAAAUUCCCUCCUCAAAAAUGGAAUCCAGGCAUUUACAAUCUUAGAGACAGUUGAUCUUGAAACCAAAAAUCGAUGAGCAAGAUCAUUCUCAAACAAACCCAGCCUCAAGCGCAGCAUAACAAGGGUAAACUCCUGGAAUUUAGUAAGUACUCUGGGUCUCCCAACAUUACCGUUCGUGGUGGUCCUUUUGUGCCCAUAAUUAAUAUUGCUAGAGGCUUGUUCUACAGUUUUGUAACAAAGAAUAAAAGCAUUGUAAUCGGGAAA